AUGGAUCGUGAUCCAGAAGCAGCAGCAGCAGCAACAGCAGCAGCAGCAGCAGCAGCAACAGCAGCAGCAGACUCCCUUGUUGUAGUAGAGGAGAGCAGCAGCACUCUUGCUUCUGAGGAAGGACACUUCUCUCCUUUGCAGCAGCAAAUUCAAUUUGCUGCUGCUGCUGCUGCACCCGAUUCAAUGGUAGGUGCAGCACAAGCAGCAGCAGCAGCAGCAGCAGCAACUGCAGCAACCACACCUGCUGCUGCUGCUGCUGCUGCUGCUGGGAAGGAAGCAAGCUUGGCACAUCCCAAGCCACCAGCCAUAGCAGCAACAGCAGCACCAGCAGCAGCAGCAGCAACUGCUGCAGCAUUCCCUGAUAAGAUAGAACUCCCCGCAGCAGCAGCAACAGCAGCAGCAGCAGCAACAGCAGCAGCAGCAGCGGAGCCCCGGAGGUCCUCACGUGUUGCUGCACUGAAGGCAACAGAGAGUGCUGCUGAUGGUGCAGAUCCAUGGGCAGUUGCUGCUGCUGCUGCAGCAGCAGCAGCAACAACAACAGCAGCAGAUGCAGCACUACCUCUUUUUUGCUGCAGUGCUGCUGCUCAUCUUAAUAUUGAAUUGCCUGCAGCAGCAGAGGAGAGAAGGGAAACAAAUAGAUACCCUUUUCCUACUGCAGCAACAGCAGCAGCAGCAACAACAGCAGCAGCAGACGGAUGCUAUGAUCGACCCCACACCCCUCCUGGUGAAUACACCUCAAGGAAGGAAGCAGCAGCAGCAGCAGCAGCUGCUGCUGCUGCUGCUAAUGGGGCGCAGCUGCAGUGCGGGCAUAGUAUACUGUUAAGGCGCUCAGAGCAGCAGCGGCGCCAGAUGGAGCUGCAGCAGCAGCAGCAACAGCAGCAGCAGCAGCAGCAGCAGCAGGGUGGUGGUGAUUCAGGUGUAGUGAUACCUUCUCGUUGUGCGGGUACAAGAAGUGCUGCUGCUGCUGCUGCUGCUGCUGCUGCAGCAGCAGCAGGAGGAAGCUGCUCAUCAAUAAGCACAUCAAUAGAUAGAUCAUUAGGAGGAGGAAAAGUUGCUGCUGCUGUUGCUGCUGCAUGUAGGGGCCCCCUUGGUCCCGUUGAGGGUACAGGGGGCCCCCAACAAAUAAGAGAGGUAUGGAGAUUAACAGCAGCAAAUAUAAAUAUACAACAUGUGCAGCAGCUGCUGGGAUCGCUUCUGAUUAACGAUCCCCGUAUUGGAUCCCUAACAGGGACAGGGUUCUAUCUUACCUGGUUAGCGCUGCAGCACCUGCAGCAAAUCAGCAGCAGCAGCAGCAGCAGCAGCAGCAGCAGUGGGAGUGGGAGCAGCAGCAGGAGUAGCGGUGGUGGCAGCAACAGCAACAGCAGCACGCUGCAGCAGCAGCAACAGCAACAAAGGUUAGGGGGAGGGAAUUGUAUGGAUACUGUUAGUAACUGCAGCAGCAACAGCAGCAGCAGCAGCAGCAACAGCAGCAGCAGCAGCAGCAGCAGGAGAUUCAUCCCCUCCCCCUUCUUCCUCAUCCUUACCAUCAUCAACAGGAACAGCAACAACAGCAGCAACAGCAGCACCAAUACAAUCAACAGGAAGAAGAGGAGGAGCAACAACAACAACAACAACAACAACAACAGCAACAGCAGCAACAGCAGCAGCAGCAGCAGCAGCAGCAGCAGCAAAUGA